UUUACCGCUACUUCGCCUACGACUGCGCGGGCUCCUUCCCGGGCGUGUCACGUGGGCCCCUGCGCCACGUGGACGACGUCAUCUGCGAGUCCCGCUACUCGGACAUUGAGCCGUCCACAGAGGGCGAGGUGAUCUACAGGGUGCUGGACCCGGCCCUGCCCAUCCGGGACCCCUACAGCCCCGACAUCCAGAACCUGGUGCGUGUGACCAACCUGCGGGUGAACCUGACCAAGCUGCACACGCUGGGCGACGACCUGCUGGACUCGCGGCGGGAGAUCAAGGAGAAGUACUACUACGCUGUGUACGAGAUGGUGCUGCGCGGCAACUGCUUCUGCUACGGCCACGCGGCCCAGUGCGCCCCACUCCCCGGCAGCCCCGACCGCGAGGGCAUGGUGCACGGCCGCUGCGUCUGCCAGCACAACACACACGGCCUGAACUGCGAGACCUGCGCCGACUUUUACCAUGACCUGCCCUGGCGCCCGGCCGAGGGGCACAGCACCAACGCCUGCCGCAGGUGUGAGUGCAACGGGCACGCAA